AUGCCUGCCAAACGAUUGGCUCUCGCUUGCCCAUUCAGACGAACGGCCGACGUCUUUCACGCAGAGAAACAACCCGACAAUAUCCCGAACAUGUCGGCCGAGAUUGAAUCUAAGCAUCUCUCUUGCGCAAAUUACUCUAACCGCGGCAAUCUGUCCUCGUCGGACAAUUUUUCGACGCCUUUGGAGUCCCAGAGACGGGUGGAGCCGCCGCCGCUUGCAACUGUUAGUCGCCCCGGGAACCGCAACUCGCGAGCCCACAGAAACCCUCAUGCACGAACCCUCGCUCCCCACAUACAAGGGCCAUCUCUACUACUCAGGAUAUAG